AUGGCGGAGGAGAGGCUGAUUCUUGCGGUGUCCGACAACCCGGUCAUAUACGAUCUUACCAUGAAGGGCUAUCACGAUAAAAAUAUAAAGAACAAAGCCUGGAGAGAUGUCUCUGCCAUUUUGGGUGUUUCAGCUGACAAGUGCAAAAAAAAAUGGAAAUACCUCAGGGACAAAUAUUUAAAGGAAAGAAAAUUAGAGAUGGACAGGAAGAGAAGUGGAGCCAUGGCCACCUCACAUAAGAGGUGGAAGUACAUGGGCAUUCUGGGGUUCCUUGAGCCUCACUGUAGGGAGAGGGCCACAACAUCUAAUUUGGUAGUGGUUCAGGGAGGAAAGGGAGUGGAGGAAGGAGAGGUGUCGGGAGAGAUCAUGGCCCUUCUGGGGCCAAUGAUGUCGCCCCAAAGAGAGGUUGUGGAAAGUGAAGAGGAGGCAGCAGGCCUAACAGCAGGCCCCUCAGCACAUUCCUCAGAGGACACUUCUCAGCCCUCAGCACGCCUCUCAGGGGACCUGUCAGAAAGCACCUCUCCUCCCUCUCCUCCAAGGACCUCUACAAGGGUGCGGGAGACCUCAAAUUGUCCUUCAGCAUUUAAGAAAAGAAAGACCUCAGAGACCACACUCACACCUUAUCAACAAAGUGUUUUGUCCGUCUUGGAGAGACAGACGGAUGAAGAUGAACAUUUUAUGAUGAGUCUGGUGCCCUCUGUUCGGAGGCUUACCAAUCAAAAGAAGGCGCAAGUUCAUAUGCGUUUUCUACAAGUGCUAUAUGAUGUGCAGUUUGGGGAGAUGUAG